AUGGACAUAGGUCACCUAAUAUUGGGAAGACCUUGGUUGUUCGACCUUGAUGUCACCAUCUUUGGUCGUUCUAAUUCUUGUUCCUUCAUCUUUGAGGGCAAGAGCAAACUUAAUCCCCUACGGUCUAGGACACUUGAUGAGGGCAAGAAGACAAGUGAGACGAAGGGCAAGGAACUCCAUAUCCUGAGUCCGUUCAAAUUUGAAUGGGAAGUCUCUAGUGAUUCUAUGGUGUACGCUUUACUUGUCUUCGAAAACCAACUGAUUCCAUCAAGCGAGCUACCAUCAGAAGUUCAGCUCAUCCUUGAGGAGUUUUCUGAAAUUUUUUCUGAGGACCUCCCGGAUCACCUGCCGUCUUUGCGUGACAUACAGCAUGCUAUUGAUCUAAUUUCGGGAGCUACCCUGCCUAAUCUACCCCACUAUCGAAUGAAUCCUUCUGAGCAUGCUGAGCUGCAACAGCAAAUUAACGAGCUCAUCUGA